AUGGCUUCAGAAAACUUUGUGCAACUUGCAAUUCCACGCUUUGAUGGUCAUUAUGACCAUUGGAGCAUGUUGAUGGAGAACUUCUUGAGGUCUAAAGAGUAUUGGCAGAUUGUUGAGAAUGGAGUAGCAGAACCAGCAGCAGGCACAGUCUUAACAGACCAACAGAAAAUUGAACUUGAUGGGCAGCGAUUGAAGGAUCUCAAAGCAAAAAACUAUCUUUUCCAAGCUAUUGAUCGCUCAAUCCUGGAAACCAUUCUUUGCAAGGACACCUCCAAAUAUAUUUGGGAUUCCAUGAAGAAGAAACACCAAGGAACAACAAGAGCAAAGAGGCAGCAACUCCAAGCACUCCAUACAGAGUUCGGAUUAUUCCGUAUGAAACCGGGAGAGUCAGUUUUUUAUUUUUUCUCAAAAACAAUGGCAAUUAUCAACAAAAUGCGGAUUCAUGGUGAAAAGAUAGAUGACGUAAAAGUAAUCGAGAAAAUACUUCGAUCGAUGACACCAAAGUUCAAUUAUGUGGUUUGUUCAAUUGAAGAGUCAAAGGACCUUGAUCAACUCUCAAUUGAUGAACUCCAAGGUUCAUUACUGGUUCAUGAGCACAAGUUGAUCCAGCAGGACAAUGAGGAGCAAGCUCUGAAAGCUUCAACUAACAACAAUGCUAUGACACAGAAUCAAUCAGCAGAUCGAGGUAGAGGAAGAGAAGGUAGAGGCAACAGAGAUGCAUUUAGCGAAAGAGGAGGACGAGGCAAUAGAGGCAGAGGUAGAGCAAACAAUGAUCGAGGAAACCAAUACCAAGAUAAUCAAUUUCAAGGAAGAGCAAGAGGACGAGGAGGCCACCACUCGACUUCUUAUAGACCAAGAUCAGCAAACAAGUUCAAUAUGGAGUGCUACAGAUGUCAUCGACAACAUGGAGAGAUAUCUAAUCUUGCAGAGAACGAAGAAGAAGUAUCCUUAUUAAUGGUUUGUCAUGCAAAGGAAGAAACCAACAAGAAUUUGUGGUACUUAGACACAGGCUGCGGCAAUCAUAUGUGUGGAGACAAGUCUGCAUUCUCUGAUUUGGAUGAGUCAUUUUGUGAUAAUGUGAAGUUUGGUGACAAUUCUAAAGUGUCAGUUAUGGGAAAAGGAAGAGUGUCAAUCCAAACCAAGGGAAAUUCUACUCAGACCAUCUCUAAUGUUCUUUUUGUUCCAGACUUGAAGACCAACUUACUUAGUGUGGGUCAGCUGUAA